AGCGCAGGCAGCGGAGCGGCCGUGCCGGUGCCGCCGCGAUGCCCUCGGACCGGCCCUUCAAACAGCGCCGCGCCUUCGCGGAUCGUUGUAAGGAAGUUCAGCAGAUCCGAGAGCAGCAUCCAAACAAAAUUCCGGUCAUCAUUGAACGUUACAAAGGGGAGAAACAGCUGCCAGUGCUGGACAAGACCAAGUUCCUUGUCCCAGACCAUGUGAACAUGAGUGAAUUGGUCAAAAUAAUCCGGCGCCGCUUGCAGCUGAAUCCCACCCAGGCGUUCUUCCUGCUGGUGAACCAGCACAGCAUGGUCAGCGUGUCCACCCCCAUCUCGGAGAUCUACGAGCAGGAGAAGGACGAGGAUGGCUUCCUCUACAUGGUCUACGCUUCCCAGGAGACCUUUGGCUUCUGAAGGCUGCCGAGGGGUGGCAUGUGGAGACAGAUGAACUGUGGCGCAGAGGCCCCCGGCCUCGGAAGACAACGCAGCCAGAGGCUCACCAGAGGGGGGCUGUGCUGACCCCCUUCCUCCCCCUCCCUCCCCUCCCCAUCACCCUGUCACCAAAGAGGCUCGUGGCGCGUGUUGGACUCGCACAACCCUUCCCUUCCCCUCCGUGUAGGUCAAUCCCGCUCCCUCCACACCCGCCUGCGCAGACCCCGCGCGGGGCCUCGGCUUCCCGUGUCCCCCCCGUGUCCCCCCCGUGUCCCCCCCGUGUCCCCCCGUGUCCCCCCGUCCCCCACACUGCUCUCGCUGUGCUGUGUGUGCGUGUGGUGUGUUGGGAGCUGCUGCCAGAGCGGGUGUGGGCACUGCCACCCUCACCCAGCACAGGGAGAGCCUCCCCCCGAGACACCGACAGCGGGCAGGAGGGCUGCACAAGCAGCAGACAGAUGUUACCAUUGCUCCCGAGUUUUAAUUGAUUUUAAUUACACCCAUAUCAGAUUCUUGGUGCUACUGAGUAGAUUGUAGGCGUCUCUGUAGGACUGUGGAUAACGUAUAUCCUUUAGGUUAAUUUUAUUGGUUUGUUUGUUUGGGUUUGGUUGGUUGGUUGUUUUGUUGUGUUUUUUUUAGGGAUAGAUUGGAAUGGGGAGAGGGGGGGAAUCUUUCCUGUAUUUCUGUAGGUAAAUAAAUCAGGCUUCAUUGCACUUUAAAGCAUAGUAGAUGUCAGAGUGGAAUUUACUUAUAAUUUAUACAGGUUUGCCAUCUAUAGUGCUACUCCUCCGUUGACAGUUGUACCUGGAUUGUCUUGUUUCUUUUUUUUUUUUCUAAUAAAAUUGAUUUCCCUUUUCUCUGUCUCCCCAUUGCAUGCAAUUUUUCACUCUCGGUGUGGCAAGGAGUUCACUCAAGGAAUGUACUGAUUUAUAUUUGCUAUGUUCCUGUCCCUGUUUCUCAUGUAUUAGACCAAAAAAAUGUAUAUGAUAAAAUCCCCCCAGUUUAAUCUAUACAAAGGUAUAUAUAUAUAAAUAUAUAUAUAAAAUAAACAUAAAUUCAAGUGGUGUCUUGUAGGAA